AGAUUAAUAGAAAAAGGGACGAGAAAUUAUUUUCGCCCAAAUAAAUGUUUAAAAUAAUUAAAAGAGCCAUUUUAAACCGUAGUGUCAUAUCUCUGUCCCCACUCUCACAAAACCUUUCUCCGGUGAGACUCCGACGCUCCAUCUCAAAUUCGAGGACUGUUGAUGUAAAUACCUAUUCCGCACCAUCGAAAAUGUGGCAGAGGCUCCGUAAUGGCUGGUUAGAGAUUUUGAACAUUCAGAAGUUCAGGAGAAUCGUGUCUUACACUGGCUUUUACUGUUUUGCUACGCUGAUCAACUUUGCUUACACCAACAACACGACAAGGGCUGGACACUCGAGGGCUGAUCAAUUCUAUGCAUCUUAUCCAGCUGGUACUGAGCUUCUUACCGAUACUGGGAAGUUGUAUAAAGCUGCACUCGGCAAUUGCUUUGAAAUAGAGGAGUGGGGGCCGAUUGAAUGGAGCAUUUUGGCUAAACAUUUUGAACGGCAAGGGAAAUCACCGUAUGCUUACCAUUCACAAUAUAUGGCACAUCUGGCCUCCCUCGGGCAACUGGAUGGAAGCGGCUAGCUGAAGGAUGACGAGUAUCCAAUAUGAUGAUCUCAGGAUCAUAUCUGAGUGACAUAUGAAGUUGUUUGAGACGCAUAGCAACACAAGCCACUGAGAACACUACACUCAGUGUGUGCCCUCUUAGUGCUUAGGGUUGUUACUGCCCUACGUAAGUACGUAUUCAUACCUAAAACCGAGUUGUAAAAGUGCAGCCUUAUACUUGAGUUAGAUUUGUAGUUCCCCUUCACCUAAUGGUAGAUCGAUCAGUUUCGCAUUGGAUUAUUUGGUUUUGAAUAAAUUGAUUUAAGUGUGGAUAA